CGCUCGCGUAGGCCGGCGUGAUUAUGCCGGAUACUUUAGAGACUGUAAAUUCUGGCUCCAAAAGCAAGUCGAAGCGGGACAAUAAGAAACAAUCAAUCACCCCUUCUGGGCCAGUUGCUAGCACUGAUGACAAAGGUACGAGCAAACAGAAAUCGCCUUCUAACCUGGGUGACGAGCUACUCAAGAAUGGUGUCAGUGAGAAAUUGCUCAAACAACUCACCAACGCAAUGCUUGUCUCCGGCGCCGACAGUCUUGGAGCCUCAGGCGGUGAUACAAAAAAGAAGACAUGCAAAGCAGACUAUAAAUUUUGGCGAACUCAACCUGUGCCCGACUUAGACGAGAAAAUAGAAGACAACUGUGAGAUCGAACCGGAUAAAGCACUGGAUCAGAUUCGUACGGAACCUUACAGUCUCCCAGAUGGAUUUGUAUGGUCUGAAAUCUCCCUUGUGGAUGAUGCUCAACUACAAGAACUUUACGAAUUGUUGUAUGAGAAUUAUGUGGAAGAUGAUGAACACUUAUUCCGAUUUGAUUACUCUAAACCUUUUCUAAAAUGGGUACUGCGUCCACCCGGUUGGUACCCAGAUUGGCUUGUGGGCUUGAGAGCCCAGAAAAGUAGAAAGCUCAUCGGUUUCAUCGCUGCCAUCCCCACUGAAUUGCAGGUUUACGAAAAGAGAAAACGCAUGGUAGAGAUCAAUUUUCUGUGUGUGCACAGAAAACUACGCUCCAAACGCAUGGCUCCAGUUUUGAUUCGGGAAAUUACUCGUCGCGUCAACUUACGCGGCCUCUUUCAAGCCCUAUAUACCAGUGGCACUCUGCUUCCUCGACCAGUGGUCACUUGUCGAUACUGGCAUCGUCCACUGAAUCCGCGGAAGCUGAUCGAAUGCGGCUUUUCCCACCUUACUCACAACAUGACGCUCCAGCGGACCAUCAAAUUGUACCGUCUGCCUGAAGCCACAACUGUCAAGGGGUUUCGACAGAUGACCAAAGCGGAUGUCCCGCAAGCGUGGGCGCUGUUGGUCAAGUACCUGGAACCAUACAGUCUACAUCCAGUUUUCAGUCUCGAAGAUUUUCAGCACUUUUUCCUCCCUCGUGACGAUGUCGUCAACUCAUUCGUAGUCGAAGAUGAUGAUCAUACUAUUACGGACUUUUGUUCGUAUUACGUGUUACCUAGUUCGGUGAUGCGAAGCGACCUGCACUCGACUUUGCGAGCUGCAUACUCAUUCUACAAUGCAGCAACUGUGACCCCAUGGACCGCACUCAUCCAAGAUAUGCUCAUUACGGCAAAACAACUGAAAUUUGAUGUGUUCAACGCUCUCGAUCUAAUGGAACAUCGAAAGUUUUUAGAGGAGCUCAAGUUUGGUAUAGGUGAUGGAAACUUGCAUUAUUAUCUGUACAAUUGGCGUUGCCCGGUGUCAGUGCCGGAAAAGGUCGCUAUGAUUUUGCAGUGAACGUCACCGGUGUGAAGCUAUUCGUUCUUUCCCACGGCAGUCUGUAAUACUCAUUAUUGCACUUAUCGUGUCAUUGCGCCCACAAUGACUACUUCACGCUCCCGGUCACCGGUCAUACAUCACCCUGAGUUUGUCCAUCCAACUUGCUGAGCCUUACUACCGUGUCAAAUAUCAACUCGUUAUUUUUCACUUGCUUCAACUGGACAUUGCAUCACAUGCACUCCGAGCUUUUUCUUACUUUUUAGCCACCUGUCUCUCUAGUAGGUUGUUGGUUCUGAAAAGAGAUUUACAAGUUCUCUGUUUCCCG